GCAGUAGGCAUGACUCAUUUUCGCUAGACAAUGGCGGACGAAUCGAGAGCUACGGAGUCCUCCGCGCUGACCCCGGCCCAAGAAGCCUUUACAGAGCUGCUUGCGCCCAUCGGAGGGCAGCUCACCCUGGGAAGUACCUUGGGCUUCGCAGCCGGUGUCGCUUUGCGCACGGUGGGCCGAGUGGCUGCCGUGGGUGUGGGCUGCACCUUCUGCGUGAUCCAAGGUUUGGCUUAUCACGGCUACAUUGAAGUCAAUUGGCGAGCACUGGAGAGAGACUACUUGAAAUUGCUGGACAAAGACGGUGAUGGCCAGGUGGGUGCAGGUGAUCUUGCGCAUGUUUGGCAGAAGACCGUGGAUUGUCUAGCCUUCAAUCUUCCAGCUGGCAUGGGCUUCACUGCUGGUUUGGCCUAUGGCUUGGGCGCAUCUGCAAGCACUUCUUGGCGUCUUUCCUUAGCAGCAGGUUUGGCGCCCCGGCUUUUGGCCGGGCGCAUGCUGUUGGGCCUCGGUGCGACGGGUUCGCCAGCAGCAGUCACAGGGCUCUACACUUGGUGGCAUGGGCCCAGCCAGGUACGCCCUGGCUACUGCCGCAGUUAUCUUUUAGGUGAGCCUGAAGAGAACUGCACAUGGCCUGAAAGUCUUGCCAAGAUGAGGCGAUCUGCUGCAUAAACAAAGAUGAGCCUUCUCCUUUGGCAAACAAAGUCCUUUGGC